UCUGCAAAUUUUCAGCUGGAGUCGAUGUCUAUUUGAGCUGGAUUUAGCGGACGAGUCAAUGUGCUUUUCUGCAAAUUUUCAGCUGGAGUCGAUGUCUAUUUGAGAUGACUAGGAGAGGGGCGCUGUGGAGGACUAACUGGGUGUAAGGUGUUUUGUUUCGUUGUAAAUUGUACAUCAUAGAUAUAUGUGGUUUUUAGUAUGGUGUGUAGGAGGGAUGUGUGGUGGAUCUACGGUACCAAAGGUAGAAGGGGAAGGUAGUUAAUGUAUCGAGUUGAACCCACCACAGUGUGUCAGUUGUAGGGUCAUGUCUUAGCAUCCACGUGGGGCUUGACGAGUCGGACUACCACCUAUCUACAGAGGAGAAAAAGUAGUACGUAGUAUUUUUUGAGCAUAAUUCUUCUUCCCACAAGUAUUCUUCUUGACUGUCGGACAAAAGACACAAGAUACGACUAUCCUGAACACGCUCGUUAAGUCGUCCAAGGCUAAGGCAACGGUUCUCAUGACCUAAGCAUCAUGACGCUUCGCAACUCGAUUUUCGUAUUCUUUGAAAGCGCCAAGUCUACUAUCGAAACAUUGCAGCUUCUACGCCGAUCAGGAACUACCGUUACAUCAAGAGCACAGAAGAAAAUAGAUAAGAGUAAGAAACAAAUAGAAGUAUGUAAAAGCACUGAAUCUGAAUCCGACGGCUUUUAUCUGCUAGGCACAUCAUUAUUACGACAAAAAUGGUAGUUUAUCGCUGAGUGAUGAACAAGAGGACUAAAAAGAUCGUUCAUCGCUCAGCGAAGAUGCACAAAAUGACCUCCAGGCUG